AGGAAACGGAAACUGAAUACCGAGAAUGGAAGAUUUGAGUUGUCCUGUUACAUUUUCCUCCAAUCCUACCUCAACCGUUAUCUUAAGUGAAUCCCCAUUGUCAUUAAACAGUUUCUGUGUUGAUAACGACAAGUCUGACAUAUUUACGGAUAAGCUCGACUGUGUGACAAGCUCAAAUUUUAUAUCUGAUUCCAAUGUUGUUGUCGAUAGCCGAAGUCUUUUAUAUUGUUCUGAUUUAUCUUCAAAUGUUACCUUUUCAAAUCUUCCCGAAUUAUCUAACUCUGCAAUGCUGGAGGAAUGUCAUCAACAAGAAGGUGACCCGAUUCACUUUCCUUCAAUUAAUGGUAACCUAGUAGGUGGAGAAAAUGAUGAAACUCAGCUUUUUCAUAUAGAAACAGAGGAAGUAGGAGAUGGAGUAAAUUUAGAUAAUAUAAGUGAUCAGUACACAUUUGUGACAACUGAGCCAUUGGUAAAUGAUCGUGCUGACAUAACAAUCAAUGAAUAUGAAUCUGAGGAGUUAGCAGAGCCCCCAAAGGAAAAAAAGAAGGGUGGUUGGCCAAAAGGAAAAAAGAGGAAAAUGGAGUUGAUAGAUAAAGCCCCUCGAGCCCCCAUGUCAGGAUAUGUUAUAUUCUCAUCUCGAAAACGUUCGAAAUUAAAAGAAGAAAAUCCAAACAAGACUUUUACUGAAAUCACUAAAAUGCUAGGUAAUGAAUGGAGUGCUAUGUCAGAAGAAGACAAACAAGGAUAUUUAGAGGAAGCUGAAAAAGAUAAAGAAAGGUAUCUUAGAGAAAUGAAAGAAUAUAGAAACAGCGAAAAUUACCCAAAUGGCGUUGAACCAAAUACAGAUGAAGAGGAUGAUGAUAAUAACUUAUAUUGUUCAGUCUGCGACGUUUGUUUUGUAAGUGCUCAUAAUAAGAGGGAACAUUUAUUGGGAAAAAUUCACUUUGACAAAGUUACUCAGAAUUACAAUAAAGAUUUAUUAAGGCAAAAAAAUGAAAAAGAGAAGCAGGAGAAAGAAUUAAGAGAUAGUUUUUUAACUCGAAAAGAUAUCGAUCAUUUAGAUUUAAAUUGGUUUUCUGAAGUUCUAAUGAAGAAAAAUACCGGUUGGCAUACAUUUUUAGAUACUUUUAUUGCUAGAAGUGGCGUUACCGAUUGUAAUGCACUCUAA